AUGAAAGGGAGGAAACAGAGCCCACAAUGGACUCCCAACAGCCCUCACGACAAGAGGAGGAGUCUGAACCAAUGGAGGACCCGUCAACGUGUUGCCUCUAGUCAACCCGUACGCCGCUCGCCCUCUCCUCCACCAUCACCACCAGCUCCUAGGGCUCCUCCACCAAGACAAAAUGUGGUGGUGAAUGUAAGUGAUGGGCGAUUUCCAGCCCAUGACCCAUACUUCCACCCGCGCCUCCCUCGCUAUCAUCCUUUUCACUUCGGCCCAAGACAUGGAGAAGACCUCCCACGUCGCGUUUUUGGGGUGCCACCUCCACCUCCUAUGGGAAUGACACGGGAGGAGAGAGAUCGAGUGUGGGGCAUUGCCAAUGGCUUACGUGAUGCAAGGUUUCGGGUGAGAACACAAGAGGUGAUGAUGGAAAGGGCGUUGUGA